CUUUGCGUAGCCCCCGUGCAGGGCAACGGGGCCCUGGCCCACAAGAAGGUCAAGAGGGGGUUCCCCAAAGACUGCAGCAACAUUCCCAGGGACAGCCCCAGCGGGGUCCAUGUCAUCCAGCCGGCAGGCUCUCCCCCUCGAGUGGUGUGGUGUGACAUGGACACCGAAGGCAAAGGCUGGACCGUUGUCCAAAGAAAUUCUUACAACACAGAGAUCACCUGGAAGGAGUCCUGGAGCACCUACAAGUACGGCUCUGGGAACGUGCAGCAGGAUUACUGGCUGGGCAACGAGUACCUGUCCCUGCUCACGCGACAGAACACCUACAAGGUCCGCUUUGUGGUGGAGGACAAAUCCAACAACACCCGCUACGCAGAGUAUGACAUCUUCAGUGUCGAGGAUGAGCCCAGCGGGUACCCGCUGAGGCUGGGCAGGUACUCUGGGGACGGCGAGGACUAUGUCACCACCUACCACUCCGGCCUGGGGGGCAUACACGACAACAUGAAGUUCAGCACAAGUGACAAGGAUCAGGACCAGGCCAGUGGGAAUUGCGCAAGUAGCUAUGGAGGCUGGUGGUACGACAAGUGUCAGAACGUCCUGCUCAAUGGGAAAGGCUCCAUCUACUGGGCAGGGUUCUGUAAGAGUGGGGAGUGCAAGUCUUCCCUCAUCCUGGUUAAGCCAACAGAUGUGUGCUGGGUCCGGCAGGAGGAGCCCAUCCUCCUUGGGAGCUGGCGCCGCUGA